AUACUGCAGCCUUCAAAGGACACGUCCUGCCUAGCACGCAGCCUUCCAAACGAGACACAGCUAUUGUUUCGGUAUCUUGCUAAUCCGAUAGAGGGCCUGAGAUUGGAAGAGUGCCGCUACCUUGCAAUCAAGCGGUCUGUGUACAGAAGCAGCUCUGAGGCUCCUCCCCGCCAAACACUAAACACAUCCGAGAAAUCCCAGCUAGAGCAGGGGAAAUGUACCAAGUACACGUUCGUCCGUUACUACCGGAGUAUCACCACUGAUCCCGCAGCACGUCUUCAGCUCUCUCGCUAUCAAAGCAACGUAAACAGUAGCGGUUGGAAGGGAUCGAGAGGAAUAUUUUAGUCUCUCAACAGAACAAUGAAAGCAGGCUGAUUUCACUGGCCUCCUGCCCCUGCUGGGUCCGGAGUGCAGCAGCGCGUGGCUAAGAGGACUGCUGGGAAAUGAAGUCCAGUCUGAAACAGUGGCGACGGCUGGCCCUCGGGCUUAUGCUGCUCUGGGUGCUGGUCUUCCUGGCUCUCCUCUCCUACUUUAUGGAGUCCCGAGUGGAUGAGUCUCACGCUGUGGGUGCUCUCUCCCAUACGGACACCCGCCGUCUGACCUCGCUGCAAGGCAACACCCGCACCAUUAUAGCCACCCAUUUGGGGCUCGCCACCUCCUCCACGCCCCCUGCCUCCAGCAACAUUCAACAGGAGAAAAACCAGAAUGAAAACCCCAGUCCCGAUCCCCAGCCUAGUACACUUAACCAGGACACCUAUCGCUAUGCAGACCACCAGAGCCUGGCGGCCUGGUCAACAUUUGGCACCCAAGACGUGGGCUCAAGAUCAGGCGCUGUGAGUCGCAACCGUGAAAGACAAGAGUACAAUCAGGAUUCACCUCAACGGGAUGAAAAUGAUGAGGUGGUAGGAGGGGAAGAUGAUGAUGACGAAGAAGGAGAGGAGGAUAGGAGGAGGACAACUAAAUGGGCAGUAGGGAAUAGGCGCGAUAACUCUGACCCAGAUGAGUUCUAUGUACCGAGAUCGAAAUCCGUAGUGCAUGGACUUUGGAGGGGGAGUUUGUCAGUAGGCAUGCUUAGUCCACAUCUCCAGAAGGCUAUAAAAGACUACCUGAAUAAUAAUAAACAUGGUGUGGCCUACAGGGGGCACCGGAAGACCCAACAGAGUGGCCAACAAGUACUGUGUGAGAUGAAGAAGAGAGGGAAGGUUAGAACUUUGGAUGGGGCUGAGAGGCCUUUCUCCAACUUAGGCUGGAAGAAGAUUGUACCUGACUUUCCCUUAAACCAGCUCUAUGGGCCAGGCUUCCAGACCUGUGCAGUGGUCACCUCUGCAGGAGCUAUGCUCCGCUCUGGACAUGGCAAGGAGAUUGACUCCCAUGAUGCAGUUCUGCGUUUUAAUACAGCUCCUACUGAGGGUUAUGAAAGAGACGUUGGAAAUAAAACCACCAUACGCAUCAUCAACUCUCAGAUCCUGGCUAAUCCCAAGCAUCAGUUCAACACAAGCUCAUUGUAUAAGAAUGUAACACUGGUGGCGUGGGACCCCGCUCCAUAUAACCUUAACUUGAACAAAUGGUACUCGAAUCCAGAUUACAACCUGUUCACACCAUACAUGGAAUACCGGAAGCACUUCCCCACUCAGCCUUUCUAUAUCCUGCAUCCGAAAUACAUCUGGCAGUUAUGGGAUGUGAUCCAGGGUAACAAUCUGGAGAACAUUCAGCCCAACCCACCUUCCUCAGGGUUCAUAGGCAUCCUGCUAAUGAUGUCAUUAUGUGAAGAGAUCCACGUGUACGAGUACAUUCCUUCGCUACGACAGACAGACCUGUGCCACUACCAUGAGCAUUACUAUGAUGCGGCUUGCACUUUGGGUGCAUACCACCCCCUGCUUUACGAGAAGAUGCUCAUCCAGCGCAUGAAUGUCGGCUCCGAGGACGACCUCAAGAGGAAAGGCAAGGUCACACUCCCUGGUUUCAAGAACAUCCACUGUGAGUCCUGAAAAAGAUGCAAUAACUGCCUUUGCAAAGCACGCAGGCUGAUGCAGGACUACGCAGAAACAUGCCAGCAGUCUAGAAUGGACCGCGUUGUAUAGACUGGAUAUUCUUUGGGACACUGUAGGUCACAUAAAGUUGCUUUUCCUGAGCCUAUGUUAAAAAAAAGAUGGUUAGAAUAGCAAUAGAUGUGUCAUGGGAACAGUCAUUUUUAUAGAUCUGUGGAUGUUUGUGGUGAUGAAAGCCAUCAAAAAACUGAAUUUUUAAUUAUUUUUUUAAAACUUAAAAGUUUUAGCAGUCAUAGACACUGAAAGCCACACUGUCAAUCAAGCCAAACAAUCAUUCACACAAAUACACAAUGACAUGGGCACAUUUUGUUUUAGAUAGAUCUAACAAAUUAGCUUUUUAAUUAUCUGUCUAUAGAUGCAUUUUUUUACACUGAUAUAUUUAAAGCUUUUUGUCAUGUUAUGAUUUUUUUUUUUUUUUUUUUUUUUUUUGGUAAAUGAGAUCGUAUCAUCUGUUGUAAUAUACAUUGUUCCACAUUUCCAAGUUUUUCUCUUUAACUGUGGUAAAGGCAUUUUUUCAAACUCUGCUUAAAUGUUAGAGUCCUCCAUUUUUUAAUAGCAAAGGCAGAAUACUUUACUUACACAUGUUGUACAGUCCUCUUAUUAUACAGUCAGCAAAAAGGAGCUUUUGGGGAAAAAAUGUUUUCAAUGGAGGAAAAAUGAAAGCUUAAUUUUUUUAUUCUUUUUUUAGAACCUGUCAUCACAGGUGGUUUACAGAAAUAGAGGGUUUUCCUUUUUAGAAUAAGUGUUAAAUAAGAAUUUGAUUGCUUGUACUGUGGAUUCAUUGCAGCAAUGUAAAAAUAUUAUCUGUGACUUUAAGGCUGCUUGGCAAUAUAACAAGUACAGUGGUGAUAUUUGUUUAAUAUAAACCGAGGUAGCCUGGUCUUUUUUAAUGCAACCCUUAAAAAAUAAGAGGUUUUCUUGACUUCUGCCAGAGUCUUCUUUAAAGCGAAUGAAUUACCAAGGCACCUUUGCGUUGUCUUCUCUUAAAUGUACAGUUGAUCAUUUGAAUUGAUUCACUCUGUGGUUUGGAAUGGAUGUACAUAGAUUUUUUUUCACAGAAGGUUUGUUAUCUACUCGUUUGCAUUGUUUCAGUGUGUGCCAUUUAAUUAAGACAGAAAACUUUCACAAGCUAAUUUUUCUCUAGAUCUGUUAAGGAGAGCUAAAGUCUGUUUUAAUUGCUGUAUUAUAUUGUAAAAGUAAUUGAUAUUUUCACUCAGGAGCUAACGAUACUCUGAAAAUUUGGCUCUUACCAGAGUGAAAUAUUUAAUCUUCCUUAUAGUCCUAUGAUAGACUGAGGUGUGUAAAGCUAAUAUUUGACCAAUAAUCUGUCUUGUUUCCCCAUGUUGGGGGUUUGUAGACAUAGAAAAUGGGCAGUGAUUCAUUUUUUAUUUUUUUUAUUUUUUUAUUAUUAUUACUAUUACUGUGGAAUAUUGAACAAGUAGGUUUGGAUGUAAUAUACCAUAUAUCAUACACAUACCACUGUUGUUAAAGUAUCUAUAAGGCUCUGUUCCAAAACCUAGUGAGCUGCCUACUGCCUAUAGAGGCAGCUGUCUUCUAAGGCAGCAUCCUAACUGAAAUGGAACCUCAUAUGUGACUGAUUUGUGACACAUUACAUUGGCAGCAGCUCUUUCAGUGAAAUGCCAAGGAGACUUCACUCUAAUUGAUUGGGAGUUUGGCAUUAGCAUGCUGCUUCUGCACAGCAUAUUGCAUAGAAUUGUUUGUUUUUAUUAACAUUAAUAAUUUUUUAAUGAUUCUUGCAGUAUUAAAUGAAUUACAAGUAUUUAUAAUCUUGAAUUUUUUUCCACUGAGCUUGUCACAAUCCAAUACAGGAUUGCCUUCACUGUGAAGGAUAGCAUAAUGUAACAUAAUAACAUAAUGGCAGCAUAAUGUUGCAGCCUACCUUUAGGAAUAGCUUUCAUGCUGGGGGUGCACCUAUGAUGCCUUAAAAUCUUGCCUAGGCAGUUUACUAGUUUUGGAAUAGAGAUUAAGUAUGUUAUACUGAACCUACAAUGUCUUGUAUAAAUAUGACUUAGUGGUUGGGGCUAAGUUGUGGCUAAAUGACCAGACAUUUAAUUUUGGGGGCAUUUUGCCACUUUUUAUUGACAGGGUAGUGAAAAAAGGACAUCAAAUGAGGACAGAAAGUGGCUCAACAUUACGCAAACCAAACUCAAACUUCCUUCACAUGCAUCAGCGUCACAGCUCAAUGCGUUGUGGCAUGCUUGGAGCCUAACCACUAGGCCAGGGCUCUGACUAACCUUUGUUUUUUAAACAUUUGAUGACCAAUCUGUCUUGUGCUUUGUGAACUAUGGAGGGACUGAAACUCUGCUUUCUCUGUUUUUCAAUUGUCAGUUAUUCCAUUCCACAUUUGGAGGUAGUCAUAUGUGUCCUUCUGUGAAUGUCUUUUUGUAAGCCUUUAAAAUUAGGUAUUUUAGCUGCAUAAAUCCCUGUCAUUGUCUCUCACAGAGACAAUGUGACUUUAGAUAGGAGCAUUAUUUCAAGAGUAUUAUUUUAAAUAUUUACUGUAACUUUUUGCUUGAUUUUUAAUAGCAUGGGUUGAUAUGACUACUUUGCGGGGAAUACAGAAAGAAAUGUACAAUAAAGUGCACAGAGCAUGUGAUGUAAAGCAGGGCUUGUUAGUAUAAAAGGUGAAUAUGCAGUUAUGGAAAUUUUAAUAUUUAGCCAUUUGUAAUGAGAAAUUGAGGUUUGUUUUUGACCGUAUGGUCUUUGUAAGAAAAAAAAAAAAAAAAAACAGAUCUGCAGGCGAACUUUAAUGCAGCGUCAUGGAUGUGCACAGUAGAAUCCUGAGGACUAUGCCAAAUGUCAAGUGUUUUCCGGGGUUUGUUGGAGUGUGUGAAUGGUACUGUAUCUGUGGUGCUGUGCAUCUGUGCCAAGUUUCUUUUUUCUGUAUUACACCUUUCCAUGUCCUACUGUAUUUCUUUCUUUUUGCAUUUAUUUCUUUGUUACUUUGCACCACACAGCCUUUAAAUGUUUUUUCCCCAGUAUUAUAUGUUGUAUCAGUGAAUAGUCUUCAUCUUUUGACUGUAAAUAUCUGCAAUUGUCAAAAGCCAAUUCACUUUCAAAAGCCAUGGAAUGCUUUAUAAUGUUUAUUUCUCUAUAUGUGAAUACACGUAUGUCAUUUAAUUAAUUUUGAAACUAAUAAAUGUUUGUGUAUUUUUUUUUUUUUCCAUAAUAAAACCUUGAACAUUA